AUGAGUGGCGACAUUCAAGGAGCCCAUGUUCUUCUGUCAGUCGAAGCUGAAGCUUACGUUGAACACCUGGAAGAGUUUGACCUAAAGGACAUAGGAUCUGAAAGAUGGCAUCAACAGCAUGAGCAUCUAGAAAAGCUGAAUAUGCAAGCAGUCAUCAAUGCAUCAGCCAAGGAAGAUGAGUUUAUUAAAGAGUUUUUCAUUUCCUGUGGCAAGAUUCCACUGCUGAUUCAAGAUCUUCUCACAACAGAGAUAUGGAAACAGAAAGUGUUUACUGAGUUGAUUGAUAUGGAGUUUGAGCCAAAAACUACAUUUCCUAUCUAUAUGGUUAUAUAUCAUGAAGCAACUGUGGUGAAUCUCCUGGAGACAAUGAUGUUUUACAAGGAAACUUGUGAGGUGGCUGAUGAAGCAGUUCUUGAUCUUGUUGAUUACUGCUAUCGCAAGUUGUGUUAUUUAGCAGCAAGGGGUCAGAAUGAAGAGGACAUUUCUUUCCCAAAUAAAGAAAUACAUUCACUGGCUUCAAAUAACAUGGAGGAUUUGGAAAGACAAGAAAGAUCACUAGAGUUUGAAAUUAGCAUUAAGGCUCUUUCCCUGCUGAGAUAUUUUACAGACCAUUUAGAUUGCCUUCCACUGAGUGUCAUGACAAGAAUACUGAACACCCAUGACAUUCCUAUACUACUUGUUCAGCUGGUUGAGUCACCACCAUGGACAAAAAAGAAAGAUGGGAAAAUUUACAAGUUUCUUGAGAGUAAGUGGCAAGAAGUCAAAUCUGAAGAUAUCCUGAAAAUGACAAAAACUGAAGGGCAGGUGUGGCUGGCCCUAUUUCAUUUACUCAUGGAACGAGCAUGUCAAGAAAAAUAUGACCUCAACAACUAUCGUAAAAAUGUUAUUUUGAAGUUGCGGACUUAUCUGACAGAAGUACUUGUAGACCAGAUGCCAGUUUUAGCUGAGCUGCAAAGAUACCUUGAACAUUUGGCCUUCAUGGACCCUCCACCUGUGAAAAAGGACUUAGUUCUAGAACAAGUUCCAGAGAUUCGGGAAAGAAUACUUAAGAAAUAUGAUGGCAAAUGGACUAAAAUUGCCAAAUGGCAAUCCAAAACAAUAUUCAACCAGUCUGAUGAUGCCAUCAGAGCUCAAGCCCAAAGAUGGGCCUCAACAUACAACUUUAAUUUGUUGGAAGAGCUAGUAGCCGAGCCACCCAAAUGUGCUGUCUGUGGCCAGCUUGCCAGCAAGCGCUGCUCUCGUUGUCAGAAUGAGUGGUAUUGUCGAAG